AUGAGGGGCACCUGUGUCAGUGACAGCCAGAGUGAGAAGGUCAAUCCAGCUGUCUGGCUGACAACCUGGAGCAGCUGCUACAUGAAGCACAGACCUGAGGGGCUCAGCCUCCAGAUCCCUCGGUCCCCAAAGCCGGGAAGUGGGAAAUUCGAGAUCACUAACCUGGACAUGAUGGGCACAAGUCUGAAGCUCAAAGGCAAGAUUGCAGAGGACGCUGAGGGCUUCGUGGUCAACCUGAGCCAGGGACAGAUAUAUGCCAUCUUCUGCAACUCACAAGAUGACAGCAAAUGGGGACAAGAGCAAAGGAAAGGUCACAUGUGCUUUAGCCUAGGGUCAGAGAUCACUGUGACCUUCCAGAAAGAUGAGUUCUUCAAGGUGACGCUGACAGAUGGGUACCAUAUAACCUUUCCCAACAGCCUGGGCCACAGCCACCUGAACUACCUGGGUGUGAACAGGAUUCUUAUCUCCUCCUUCAAGCUGACUGAGAGGGCAGCAGCUGCUCGGAACAAAAGCCCUCUCUCCUGGACCCUCAACUUAAGCCCUUCUGCAAAUUCCCAGCAAGCAGACCUUGCGUACUUGGUCAAGAGCAAAUAA